GGCAAACUACGAGUAUCUGCGACAAGGUGAAGCGAUUCCGGGCGAGAAAGGCGAUUGACAGCACGAGCGACUCAUUCGCGAACGACUAUACACGUUGCGUAUGAAAGUCGCGGUCUUAUCGCUUUGACGCUAAGCGGUCUAUCGCGCUUCGCGCGUUCCCACCGUGCUCAGUUUCGAAUGUAAUAUGGUUUGAUGCGCCGUAUGAAACCGAUUCCCCAUGUGUUGUGAAGUGUAAUUUUUCAUUUUUUUCCCCCUCACAAAAUAAUCACGUUAUUAUUCGAUUUUGAGUUUUGAAAAAAGAAAAAAAAAUUUAAAAAUGUGUUUUCGAAAGUGCUCGCGUUAGUUAUAUCGAAGGAAUUGCGAGUAAUUUUCAUAAUUUCGGUUUCAGUUUCAGUGGUGUUUUCGUUUUCGGUUUUUCUAAUAGAAAAUGAUACGAAAUCGCGAAUAUUCGAUCGGAUUCAUCGAUGUACUCGUAAAAUGCCGAAUAACCUGUGAAUGUGCGAGCGGAGAAUAACUUUGGCGCAAAAUAGUACCGCAUAAAUUGAAAAUAAUUACUUCAAUUUGAAGACGGCGAAGAAGCAAUUGUUGCCUCGCAAACAUGGAAGUGCAAGGAAACGGCUCGAUUGUUCACCCGCAGCGUCACAACACCGCCUACAACAACAACAACAACAACAAUAAUAACAACAACGUUAGAUACUGCUACGGAGACGUUCGAAAUAACUUAGUGGCCGAAAACGGCUGCGGUACGGCGGCGAUCGUCGAGAAUUCCAAAAAGAAAACGAAAAAAUGGUCUCUGAGCGGAUUAUUUAAAAAACGUCGCACCAAAAGCAGCGACACAGAUAGCAGUUCGGAGGCUGAAUAUAAAAAAGGAGGCCUGCUGUCUCGAAAUUCGCAUCGACGCAAAGGAGGCAGUCGUAAAGUAGUGGGCAAAUUCGAAGCUAUCAUUUUGCCUAAAGAUGAUUCGUCGACGUGCACGACGAGAAAUGGCGGCGUUAACUUGAUCGAGGGAGCCGGUGCCGGAGGUGGCGUUUGCCGAUCGAACGGCAUAGAAUUAUACGAUGCUAGUCCAAAUGUGAUAAAACGUAAACGUAACAAAGUCAGAGUUGCGAACGGUGGCGACGGAGUAUCCAGAUCCAAUCAAGAGAUUUGCGCGGCCACCUUUGGCGAAACCGGACACGAUUUCGAUCGGCCCGAGAUGAUCAAGGGCAGCAGCGGCGGAUCUCUGGACGCGGCCGGUCGACGAAACGAGAAAUCCAAAGUCAAGGCUCGAGUCGAAGCGAUGCGUGAUCGAUUGCGCGACGAGUCGAGCAGCAGUUCGGAAGAGUACGCGUCAUCGUGCCGCAACUCGAACGGCUCGCUGCCCAAAUCGCAGCACGUCGAGUACACGCGAACUGCGCCCGCGCCUCCACCACCUGUACCGGUUCCGGGCGCCGGUACCGGAUCUUGGAGUCGCAAAUCUCGCGCCGCCAGAACGGAUCGAUACGCGAAACGGCAUCAUCACGUAUCGAAUGGCGAAGCGAUCGGAUGCUCGCCGCCGUUCUCGAAUCCGGAUCUGACGGCGAGACCGAACUACACGCCGGUCGGCAGUCCUCGAAGUAGAUGGAUCGCUAAAGUGGUAUAUCAGCAAUCCAACGACUAUCCGAUGCGCUACACUGCUCGUACUCAUAGCGCAACCUCUAGUCCGAUGAGCAGUCCGCUAAGCAAGCCGAAAAACUUCCAGUCUCGUUCGUUGCCGUCCAAACACGCUGCACCGGCGAUGCGAUCGCCGCCACCGUCGCCGCCGCCUCCACCGCCCAGAAAUCCCAAUCGUAAAGCCGUUCCGAGUGCGGCUGCGGCUGAUAAAUACGCUAUUCGACCGUCGUCUUACGCUUUCGACGCGAACGCCAGACAAAAAGAAAUCUCGUCUUAUAUCCUGAGCAACGAAGGUAAUAAUGGCGACGACACGCGCCUCGGCGACGAUAAUCUCGCUCGAUUUAAAUCUCAAUCCGAAAUGGAACUGCGAUCGAGACGCUAUAACGCUUUUCCUCCUUCAGUAGCUGCCUCCUCGGAGCAUACGUAUCCGAAAAAUCGCAAUCGUUACUCGACCGGAGCCGGGGUGGCGAAAGCUGAACGUAAGAAGCUUACCAACAGCGCUAACGUCGUCCCCCAGACGCCACCUCUACAAUCGAACGUCUACAUAAACAGAAAUUUGUACGCCGAUGAAAAACCCUGCCCGAACUACUCUCCACGGACCGAAUUUACGCGAGAUUUCCGCUUCAACGAUUCCGAUGGGCCAUCUUUACGCAAAGCCAACGAAAUAGGUAUUCCGAUCGUAGACGCGUCAGCUCCACUCGUCGGCAGCCGUCGUAGCAAGUUGAACGACCGAAGACCCCUGUCAGCAGUGUCCGAAAAAUCCGACAACGACGUAUUAGCCGAAAACGUCAACGUCGCAAAAACCAAAGCGAAACCGAAACCGAAACCUCGUAAUUUAGAAGAAGCCUUAGUCGAGCUGGAGGAGAUUUACAACAGUUUGAAACUGAGCGACGACGACUUGCUGGACAGAGCAGAUCGUCGAGAUUUGCAGGCGGCUGUGAAACUGCAUUCGAAUUCGUUCGGUCGACAUUGGAGCAGCGACGACGAUGACGAUAGUGACGGUUCCAACGACGAAGACGUCGUCGACGCAGCCAAAAACAGUUCGCGUCGAGCGAACAGACCACGUUUAUCGACUAGUCGCCGAUCAGCGGUUCCGGACGCGGUUACCGACGACAUGGCGUACCGUAAACUACGCAGGAAAGUCAGCAGCGACGUUAAAAGUAAUCCGAACUUGGUCUCGCAAUCCGGCAGCUUUCUGCUAAUGUCGCCGACGUUUUCGCCUCCUCCGCUAGUCGACGUGCCGCCGCACUCCAGCAGCGCGAUGCUGUUCGGCGGCAAAGAGCCGGAUAUUACGUUGGACGACGUGGUAUUUCGUAACAUUCGCCAUACGAAUAACACACUCAAGGUGUCCGAACCGCAGCCUCCGUUCGGUAUACCGUUAAGUCCGGCGUCGCCGGCACCGUACAGCGAUUAUCUGCACGCCGUUCCAUCCGACAAGUACCGAUCUACCUUCAAUCCGAGCCGCACUCCCGAUGUAGUCAAAGACGACCUGGCGUUCAGAAAUUUGCGCAAGGAUAUGCGAACCGAGGCCGAGUCCGCGAGCUGUCGUCGCGAACCGGUCGCAGUCGCAUCAAAACAACGACGAGCCAUCAGAUCUCUAUCGGCCAACGUCGUAUCGCUUUUGGGACAACGUGGAAAACGCACUGACUACGAUUACGACUACGACGAACCCGUCGAUAGCGUCUGCUCCACCGUUAACGACUCGCCGAUGGUCACGUCCAACGAUAGAUGCGCCAGCUACAACGAUCUACCUUGCGGCUCCCAAGACUGGCGACGGGUUCGCCAGCCACCCCAAGACGACGUCGACGAAACGCUAGAUCUGGUUGCCAACGAAACUCGAGCAUUGGGUAAAGCGUUAGAAAUGAAAUUACGCCAGCUAGACGCUGGCACGACUCCGUCUGCUCCUUCGAGUAACGGUCUCGGCAAAGACGUGUUCGCGAAACGCGUCGUCGUGCACAAACCUAUAACUCUGAGUCGAUUCGAAAUCGCCGAACGAGACGACGCCCAAAAAUCGCCGCAUUGGCGACCGUCGCAAUCAAAACUCGUCGAAAAUACCGAUACGACCGAGUCGCCGACAACGAACGACACAGCCACCGAUCGUGGGAACAGCCUCGUCAACUCGUGCCCCGAUUUUAAUUGGAACGACGUUCGAAUUACAAACGUCCAACAGCAGCAACCGAAACGAGCCGAAUUCGGCUUGAUGGAAACGUCCACCGUCGCCACAGCUGCCGCUGCUUCGGCCACUUCAUCCGAUUUGAAAUCCGAUAAAACGGAAAACUCGUCUUCGGGCGUAUCGAGCACUUCGAAUACGCCGGAUUCGGCCAGAAAGUGCCACAUCAGCGCCAGCGGCGGCCACAAGCACGAUAAUUCACCCGCCACCAAAGUUUGGUAUCUGGACGAAAACGUUUUACCAUCAUUCGAACACGCCUCGAGGCAGUUUUCCCAAGAAUUAAGAAACGUGUUCGAGUGCACCGAUACCGACGACGACGCCGUUGGAAACUGCAACACCAACGUCAACGCCACGACGACCCCUGCAACCACCGAUGUAUCGCCCAGCAGCACUCGCGAUGCCGUUGCUCGACCAACGACCGUAGCGCCGUCGAAUAAAAAAGAUUUUUGCAGCAGGAUCGAAAUAACGCUGGCGACUCCACAACCCGCAGGAGUAGACCAAACGCAAAGAAGAAGAUGGUCGUCAAUUGAAACAAAAGAUGCUGCAAUUAUGACAGAAGAAUUCGGAUUAAAUGGACGUAUCGAUUGCGAAAAUCGUUCAAAAGGGACGAAUGGCGAUACUGCUCAAACGAGAGCGGCUCGUUAUAAAGAAGAAAGACGCAAACAAUUAGCUUGUCAAUUUAAUAGUCUGUCGCGCAAUCUCGGUGAUACUUCGUCGUCUUCCUCAGCCAUUGAUGAUAGCCUGAAGAAACCUUCCUUUCGUUCUGUGAAUUCAAAUUUUAUCAAAGAAGAUGACGCGAAAAAGACGAAAACGCAAAAUAGCCAUAAAAGUACGAACAAAAUUCGCUGCAAACAGUCUCAAGAUCAUUCUCUUUCGGAAAUGAAAUCGAAACCUAAUGGCUCUGUGACGUCAGAUUCAACGGCUACCAGUUCGUCGAAAAGUUGCCGAGACAAGAGCUCGAAACGGAAAUCCUAUCUGAACAGAUCGGCCGUCACCGAAAAAACCUCGAAUAGCUGCCAUACUAAUCGACAUCUCAAUUCUCAUUCAGCAGACGAAGGAGGUGAAAAAAACUGCCACGCUAACGCGAUCGUCGCUUCCUCGUUACCAUGUCGCGUAGUUGCAAGUAGCGCCACUGCCAGCACUGCAUCUACUUCGUCAUUCUCCGCAUCUAGUCAGAAACCAUUGCCUAGUCUUAGUUAUACACAUAGUCCUGUUAAAGCUACAAAUGUACUCGGUAAUUCGCAAUCGCAAAUCAGCUCGCAUUCGACGAGUAACGGAUUCGCUCGUACGAGUACGAGUAACGAAGCCUUUUGCGACAAGGAAAUAGCCGACAAGUCCAAAAUACCUAGAAGAGUUCAUUCACCUUGCAACUUUUCGCCGCGCUCUUUUAGUCAUAGUCAAGCGCGCACCGAUGACCGUUAUGAAGAUACUUGCGUAGAAUUCCGUCUGAAACAAGUCGAAAACGUUACUUUGGAUGACAUCUCGAAUAUAAGCUCGUUGGCAGAUGGCUUGAAUAACGGUCAUUCGUCUUUCAACGAGUACGAUCUCGGCGAUAACUCGAUGUCGAUGUCGCCGCCAGCUCACGUACCAAAGAAAGAGAAAAAUUCGCUGUUAGAAAUCGUACAAAAUUUCUCGGAUAAAAAUAACGCUCAAAAUUUCGCCAUCGACGCGGAUUUCUCUCGAAGACACGCGAAAUACUACUCGUCUUCGUCGUCACCGCCACCGCCGCCGCCACCUUUGCCGCAGUCGCCUCCCCCGUCUUUGCACAGUUUAUCGCUAGAAAUUAUCGAAGAAGAUUCGCCUUCCAAGCCGUCCAUACUGAAGAAGAAAUUCGACGAACGAAGCAAUAGCUUAGAUUUGACCAGACCUAGUUCGAUUUUGAAACGAAAAACCAGCGAGGACGCGACUCAUCGUCAUCAUCGUUCUUCUUGGGACAGCGCCGCCGGAUCCGGCGCUGGAGCUGGUUUAGUGACCCCAGUUCGCCAUAUCGGCAACGCUAAACAAGGUAUCCUCAAGAAGCACAGCAGUUUAGACGAACAAGACGUGAGGAGACGAAGCUGUUCGCCGGAUGUAGACGUAGUCGGCCAUCAUCAAGAAUGCAAACCUAUUUUGAAAUCGCAACGGCGACGUUGCUCGUUAGAGGGUCUCGUUCGUAACGGAUCGCCGGAACUGCAUUCGAUACUGAAACGUUCGAAAAUGAUUAAAGACGAGAGCGUCGAGCGAGAUGGUAGCGGUAGCUGCGUUGUUAGCAGCACUAGUAGCAGUACAAGCAGCGGCAAUAGCAGCGGUAGCAGUAGUAGCGCCAGUGGCGGCAGCCCUCACGGUAUUCUUAAACGUAAGAUGUUCGCCGGUGACGGUACCGGUGGAGUUACAGUUUCGUCGUCGCUCAGCAGCACCAGCAGUUCGCUAGAUUCGCCAUCCACCAAAGAUUGCAGCUACGCCGACGAUACGACGGUCAAGCCGAUACUGAAAAAUAAACAGCACUCGUUCGAACUGGCCGUCGUCAGCGAGCAUUUCAAUUCGGACUCGCCUCGACCUAUUUUGAAAAAGAAACACAGCGUAGAAACCGACACGGACGAUGAAAAACCAGUCAAACCGAUACUGAAGAGCACUCAUCGCAGAUCUCUCGACGAAAGCGAAUCGUCCUUUUCCACUCAUCGAAUCGAAACGCUACUCCUCGAAGGUACCAACACCGGUGUGGCGAAAUCUCCAGGCGGAGUUCGCGCAUUCGAAAAUCUCACAAUAAAACCUAUCCUGAAAAAGAAGAAGGAGCUGUUGAAGGCGUCCAGAUGCGUGAAAAGCGACGACGACGCUUCCAAAGAGUAUCGCGACGAACGAGAGUGUAAUUUUCUGAAACGACAUUCGUUGCCAGUGUCAUCGAGACUGUUCUCCGGAUUUUCUGCUAGUCAUGACCAAAGUGCGCUGUCGGUCGCCGAACGAAUUCAUAAUUUGGAAAACUUACGCGCCGACGGUAAAGCGUGCGAAGCGGAUGGUGCGAUCGUGAAAAAUCUCGCUUCCAGGAAUUUACGAUUUUCCAGAAAUAGCGAACGUUAUAAAACUCAACCGAUCACCUAUCAAGAGCUCUUUUUCACCGAAAGUGCCAUGGAAGACAAGAAACCACUCAGCUGUCAAGAAACAAACGGAACGAGCGUUUCUGCCGCUUCGAAGCAAAAGCAAAGCCAAACAAACGAACAAAAUGAACAAAACCAACGCGACGGCGACGUAUUGGACGAUAAAGCGGUUAUUAGUAAUUUGAAGAGGAGCAACAGCGUCUCCAUGAAAGCGUCGCUUUUUUCCAAGUGGCAAAAUCACGCCAAACAAACCAACGAACGCGAACCGAUCAAGCUGAAGAAAAAUGAAAAGAUAGCUGAAACGCGGAAAUUGCGGAUUAAAUGUUCGGAUUUGGCGAGCAGAUUUUCAACGCAGCCUGUAACUUGGGAAGAAGUAGCCGAAGCGAAGAAACAAAACGAGGAAGCUCGUAAUAAAGUUCGAGACACCGUACGAAAAGAAAUCCUUCAAAAUGUGCCAGAAAAUGACGAAGAUAAAGACGAUCCGAGCUUAAUGUCGCUUUCCGAAAGGGUUAAAUUAUUUACCCAAAAAAUGGAGCAACAAAAAACCACCGCGACCGUAUCGAAACGCCCUCCUAAAAAAUUAUCUCCCAGAUUCAAUACGCAACCGGUUACUUGCGAGGAAUUGCAAAAGGCCAAAAUUGCCGCUGUUAAUCGUCGAAAUAGCAGUAGCAGUGGAACCGCCGCCGAUGAAACGUCAUCGUCGUCGCCGCCACAGCCAUCAUCGUCGACCGUUGCUGUAUUCGACGACAUCGAGGAGAAAAAAGUCAGCCCUCUGAGCGAAGAUUUGCUCAACGUUUCAGCCUCGUUUGAGAAAUUGCAAGUGGACUUUUUGGCCGAGACUCCCAGUCCGCUAGAUGUCACCAUUGGUAGUCUGGUCGAUACGGACAUUAGUCCGAAUAACGAUAUCGAUAAGCUGUUUGACAAGAUUUAUUUGGAAAAUUCGUCGGAAACUGGGUCGCAAUCCGAAGGUGAUACUUCGUCGUCGGGUGGCAGAGAGAUUCAACGUAUCAUCGGUUGCAGUAAACAAUCGUCGAGGAUCGAGAAACGUGAUCAGACCAUUGGGAUCACAAAAAUGAAUGUUGGCCCGAUCGUAUCCUCUGCUGGUGCCGAUGUAGUCGACGAUUGUCCGCCGGUCGUCAACGGAAACAGUUCAAUAGCUCAAAGAUUAGCUGCUCUGCAGAGAAGCGGCCAAGUCGACUGGAAAAAAAGAAUUUCACGAAUAGUUCCGGAAAAUGAUCUACCAUCGAUUAUCAAUAUUAACGAAACUCAAGAAUUGCUGAAAAAAGAACUAACCAACGGUCUACGAAGCGGUAAAUUACCUUUGGCUGCGGCGGCGGCUGUCGAAACUCCGCUCGUGCACGUCGACGACAAGAAAGACGGUUCGUUGGCUGAUAGAUUGGAAAAGCUCGAAAAUGCUAGUCAAACGUGGAAGAAAAGAGUCGAACCUUCGGACGCGGUGCAAUUCUCGGUCGCUGGUAAGAUGGCUUCGACGUCGUCGUCAUCUUCGUCCACCAUAUCGACGCCAACUUCGACUUCUUCCUCCUCCCUAAACAUUGCUACCAGUUCGGUUAAUUCGCCGCUCAGUGAACGAAAGAAACGAACUCCUUGUCCGUCACGAUUCAGAAGUUUUCGAGAAAAAAAUGUUGUCCGUUCGACUCCUAUAUCGCCGGAGAAAAGUAAAUCAACUACCAGUGUGUUGAGUCGCAGUCUUUCGUUACCGUCCGAUGCCAAUGAUGCAGACGAAACUAGCCAAGUCAAAAAUCAGGAAGAAGAUAAAGUAGUCAGCGUUCCGCAGAUUUUCGACCAAGAUUUUUGCACAUUUUUCGGAAAUGUCGACGCGUCUUCAUUCAACGUCACGGAUAUCGUCGAAUUCGCUUCCGAUUUCGACGAUAUCAAAAUAGAGAAACCUCGAUUAACCUGCAGCCAUCAAAGAGUUCGGGUUCAAAGAAAACACGCAACAAGCGGUAAUCCGUUGAAAACUCUGUCGACUCGCGUCGAAAUUAAAAACGAAUACAGAGAAACGAAAACCAACAUAGCGGAGAAAGAAUUCAAACGAAUGAACGUAGAAAAACUAUCCAAGAGUUCGAAUCUGGCUGUCGAAGUGUUGGCUGGUUUAGCUUCGAAAGAAGAUUUUUCUGCGAUACAUUUGAAAAAAGCUGGUACGCUUAUCAGCGGCCCUCUGUUACCGUAUAAACCUUUGAUGCUGCUUCAUGUAAAAGGUCGAAGACACGUACAAACGAGAUUGGUAGAACCGGUACCGCAAUCGGUCAACAGCGGCGACUGUUACGUUUUGAUUACUCCGAACGAGGUUUAUCAUUGGAUAGGCGAACUGUGUAACGUGAUCGAGAAAUCGCGUGGAGCCGAAAUCGCGCAACAUAUUUCGACUACUCACGAUCUAGGCUGCUCUUUAGCUUCUCAAGUGCAUACCAUUAUCGAAGACUCCUCCAGGCCAAAUUCUAAAGCUGCUCGAAGUUUUUGGACGUUGCUCGGCGUGUCGGCGACUGAAGCGGCCACGAUAAAAGCUGUACCGAGUGGACAUCCCGACGAAGAUGAAGUAUACGAGAAUUCUAUGAUUUCGACAAACAUGAUAUUCGAAUAUAUCGACGACGAACUUGUUCCGUACGAAAAGUAUUGGGCGUCUAUUCCUAAAAUUCAAAUGUUGGAUCCGAAUAAGAUCUUGGUUUUCGAUUUUGGAAGCGAAAUGUAUAUUUGGAUGGGGAAAAACGUAGACCUCAAAUCGAGAAAAUCAGCCGUCAAACUGGCCGAAGAGUUGUGGAAUAACGGAUACAACUACGAAGAAUGCGAUUUAUGUCCGAUCACUUCGGUUUGCACGAUCGGUGAUCGAGAAGCUCAGUCAGACAGCGCGUGUUCGAAGAAGGGUGAAAAAAGACCCGAAUGGUGUCUGUUAGCCAAAGUUACUCAGCAUAUGGAAACCGUGUUGUUUCGAGAAAAAUUCCUCGAUUGGCCGGACUUUUCGAGAGUGAUUAGAGCCAAAGGAAAGGACGAAGAUACCGAAAAACAGAUCGACGGAAGUCUGGAUAUAAAACCUUGCGACGCUGAAGAAAUGAUCUCCAUCAAACCUACCGAACCGGAUCUGUUUCUAGAAGGCAGCCAUCUGGGCAGAGGUAUUCGAUACUUCGACGAAGAACGCCGAAAAUUUUGUUUGGUGACCACUUCGGACGUUAAAAUGUGGCAUAUAACCGAGUUCGAAAGCGAACUAGUACCCCAAGAGUCCUUAGGACAAUUCUACAGCACCGAUAGCUACGUUAUCAGAUGGAUCUAUUCGAUUUCCUAUACGGGCCGAGAGCUGAGCGGUCAACCGUCCAAACACACUAUCAUGGGUCGAGAUCGAUGCGUGUAUUUUUGCUGGCAAGGUAAAAACGCUUCGUUAAACGAACAAGGAGCUGCCGCCUUACUGACGGUGGAACUCGAUAAAGAAAAAGGCGUACAGUUGAGAAUUUGUCAAGGAUACGAACCUCCGGCUUUCUUCAAUCUGUUCAACGGCACAACCGUCAUCUACAAGAAUCGUAAAGAAAAAAAAUGGAAGCUGUUCGUUUGUAGAGGAGAAAUAGACUCGGAAGCUUGUCUGCUCGAGGUUUCUUGUAAUAUCAAACAGCUGAGAAGUAGAGCUUCUUUCGUGUUGCUGAAUGCCGAUACCGGUGUCGUCUAUGUCUGGAACGGUAGUAAGGUGACCGAAGCCGCUUCGCAGGCUUGUUUGAAUAUUGCGAAUAACCUGAAAACCAAAUGUCCGCCCGAAUUAGGCGUGAAAAAUAAUACCAUCGUCGAUAUUCUGCAAGUUAAAGAGGGCAAAGAGCCGAAAGAAUUUUUCUCCGGAUUGGGAAGCAGCAGCGUUAAACUGUAUUUAUCAUUAUCGCAAGACGUAGACGACAAAGAACAUGACGUGUCGCCUUUGCUGUUCAAUUUGUCUUCCAACAGUGGCGUUUUUUGCGCUACACCUAUUUGGUCUCCGUGUCGUCACGUUCAACUUACCACCGCGUAUCCGUUCCUGCAAGAAGAUCUCUAUUCGGCUAGUCAGCCUGCGUUAUUCCUUUUGGAUACGGGUAAAGUACUAUGGCUGUGGCAAGGCUGGUGGCCAGAACGUCAGAAAGUCCUGCAAGAAGAAUGUGCUCAAAGUUCGUCCGAAGAGGUCGCCCAGAAUAGCGAUAAUUUUAGAGGCUCGGCUACCGUUCGAUGGCAGUUGGAAAGAAGAGCCGCUAUGCAGACCGCUUUGGAUUAUUGGAAACUUAAAUAUCCGGCGAACGAACCGGUUAAAGCUUUCUUGGUGUGGGCUGGUCUGGAACCUAUUCAGUUUACAAAUCUGUUUCCCGAUUGGGACGACAGAGACGACAUCGCCGAAAUGAAUAUCUCGGAUGGUAGAAAACCGGGAGAGGUGUUGGAUGUUGAGCAAGAAUUGGCCAGACUUACGCAAUCUACGUAUCCUAUCGAGCAACUUCUUCAGAGGCCAUUGCCAGAUGGCGUCGAUCCGACCAAAUUGGAGUUGUACUUGUCUCCUCAACAUUUUAAGGAUUUACUCAAAGUAACGAAAGAAGAAUUUUCUGCUCUGCCGUCUUGGAAGCAAACUAAUUUGAAAAAGAACGCCGGAUUAUUUUAACUAACGAGCAGAUGACGACGUACCGAGACCGACUAACUCGCACAGUUCCUAAAGAAACAUUUUGUCCGUUUUAUUAAUAAUAACUUUUUUGAUUCCGUGAAAUCGCGCAAUUCUAUUUUCAAUGUCUGUGAAUUUGUUUCUUUCUGUUUUCCCCCAUUCCCCUCCCCCUUUUCAUCAUUUUUUGUACUUACUGAUUUUUACUGCGAUUCGUCCGAAUUGAGAUUUGAUUUCGUUUGUAUUAUUUAAUUUCUACUUUUUACGUACGAUUUGUAUUUCAUUUUUUAAAACUUAUUUUCAUUUCAGGUACCCCUUUUAUCACGUAUUCGUGUACUUAUAUUUUUAUUAAUUCAUUACUCAUCGUUCGAUGUUCUUAAAUGGUCGAUUCGAUUUUAAAAUAUUUUAUUCCGAACACGAGCGAAAUUUGCGUUUAUCGAUGUAUGUAUUAUGUUACCAAAGUGGUUUGCGUGUUUCGUGUUCAUCGUGAAGAGUGUGCUUGUCUAAUUAAUUGUCUAUUCCGUGUGUUCAACUAUAUAUUUUUUGUUUGUUUUCCUUUUUUUUCCUUUUCUUUCUUUCUGUUUAUUUCUUUUCUUUAUUAUUUACAUUUUAUUCUUUUUUUUUUUUUCGGCUGUGAUUAUUUAUACGUAAAAACGUUACGGCUUGUGUUAAUUGUAUCCGCAUUUAAGACGUUUUUUCAGCGUGAAAUUGUGUACGUCGAAUUGCACCGAGCUAAUUUUUUUUUUUUGAAUUAUCGACGCGUAUUUACUUUUUUUUUUCGCCGCCAUUUUAACUUUUUUUUAAAAUUUUCAUUUUGAUACGACCCUUUCUUUUUUUUUACGUACAUUUUUGUCUUUUGAAUUAUGUGUAUUGGAAAAUUUUGAUUGUCGCGGAGCUUUUACUUUUUCUUCCAAGGAGCUUGAAUUUUAAAAACGCGAAUUUUUUUUGAUUUUUUUUACAAUUUUACAAUUUUAUACUUAUUUAUUCGUGUACAUAUCAUGAUACAUUGUGAAAUUUUCUUUAGUCAUUUUUGUUUGUGUGUUUACUUUGUACCUACCUUCAUACAUAACUACACCUAAAGUGAUCGUCGAUACAAAUGUAUAAAAAAUAUAAAUGGUGAUCUUUCUUUCUA